AUGGUUUCAUCACCGGUUACAAUCUCCCAAAGAUCUUUUCCAAUUAAAGGGGAACUCCAGGAUCUCCAGGCUGAACUUACUGGUAUCAAAAGAAAGAGACAGCUGACCGAGGAUGCUGUUCCAACAAUUUUUUCUUUUAGUAAGCCUGAAAAUUCAAGAGAAUCGACAUCAAAAAGAUUGGAAACUUUCGCUAAAAAACAAUGUGUUGCAAAGGCUUUAAGUGUGGAGGAUGAUGUUGACCUUGAAGUAUACGCUGAACAAGAAAUAAUUUCAUUGGUUAAGGAACAAGGCGUUAGUGCAAUUGUGGAAACGGUAGAGAAAUCGGUUGGUGCCAAUACUUUUACCAGGUCCGUUAGAACACAAUGUGAUCCCUUAGAGGCAAUUCAUCCUGAGAUACAACCAACGAAGGAUGUUUUAAAAGUGAAAUUUACUCUUCCGCACGGACGAUGUAAGUCUACUAACACCGACCUAUCCUUUCCUCCGCAAGCUGACGUGACAUUCUUGCUGAAUGCAAAUAUGGAAAGUGAUCAUGAUAUCGUCUCUGGUGAUGAGUGCCCUUCUGAUGAUUCUUUAUACUCACCGCAAUUACAAAUUCACAUCGACGACAGUUAUGAUGAAAAUAUCAGCGAAGAAGAGUCUUUUGACACUGCUGAAUGUAACCCAGGGCUCAAAAGCGACGCACAAUUUCUUGUUUUCUGGUCUUGUCUGUUGACAUUAUUUCAAGUUUGUUUCACGUGUUUACAAAAAACGUGCAUUACUCGUGUGGUAAAACGUGGAACUCUUAUCAUUGUUACUAGUAUUUGUCCAAAUAAACAUGUUUUCAGCUGGCAGUCUCAACCUAUCGUAAAUGGAAGAGCAGCAGGGAACUUAUUACUUUCUGCAGCCAUAUUGUAUUCCGGAAACACAUACGCCCGCAUUGCCGAAAUGAUGAUGCGCUGCGAAAGAGGGAAUUUGAUUGGUGAUGGGCGAAGUGACUCUCCAGGUUACAGUGCAAAGUAUGGUACGUACACUCUAAUGAGCGUAGACAUCAAUAAAAUCAUCGACUUUCAAGUUGUUCAUGUUAGAACUGCAGGGAAUUCUAGUCGAAUGGAGAAGUGGGGAUUAGUAACGCUACUAAAUAAGCUGCGUGACCACAAAGUGACAGUUUCAGCAUUAACAACAGAUCGCCAUGUUCAAAUCCGCGCAUUCAUGAAGAAAGAACAUCCUGAGAUAAACCACCAGUUCGACGUUUGGCACUUUGGAAAAAGCUUGAAAAAAAGCUUGACUGCUGCUGCGAAGCGCAAAGAAUGUCUUGAGCUGAUACCUUGGAUCAAAUCCAUUAUAAAUCAUUUAUGGUGGUGCUGCGCUUCAUGCGACAAAAAUGAAAACGUUUUACGUGAAAGGUGGCUUAGCAUUCUUUAUCAUAUUCGUGGAAUCCACUCUUGGCAAGGCAAUGAAUAUUUCCAUGAAUGUGCGCACCCCACAUUAGACCAGCAACGCAAAUGGUUAAAGUUGAAUUCACCUGCAUAUGAAGCAGUGGAGACUAUUGUGCAAAAUAAAAAAACUCUUGCCGACAUGAACUAUUUGGCGCACUUUUGCCAUACGGGAAGCCUAGAGGUAUUCCAUUCUUUGCUUACCAAAUAUUGCCCGAAACGUAUUCAUUUCAGCAUGGAAGGUAUGAUCGCGCGCACGCAGCUGGCUGUCCUUGAUUUUAACUCGGGGACUAAUUGUGAACAGGCUGUUACCAAAAAAGGAGUACUCCGCUAUAAACAAGUCUUUUCACGAGUAACACAAUCCUGGGUCGUAAAAAAAAUUACCGAGAAGAAAGAAAAGGCGUAUUUAGCAGAAUUAAUGACGGCUACUUUGGAACCAAUCGACAACGAAAAAGAUAAGUUACCACAAACAGGAGAAAUUGCUGAAAGAAUAACAGAGGUUGAAAAACCCGACAAAAGCGAUGCCAUUAAAGCCAUCAGGACAAGAUUUAAAACGUGACUUUUUUAUUUUUUUUCAACUUUUUAUUCAACUUUCUUUGAAUAAAACAUAUUUUUCAUCUUCUGCCGGAUAUUUUCUUCGAAUUGCCCAUACUACACAAGAAGGAAUCACUCUUCUCACCCCUUUUCCCAAUCGACUGUGUAUCCACCAAGUGAACUGUUUAUAACCAGCGUAACGAUAAGAUCUAUAUAGAAAAAUAAGGGAGGCAUUAUUGUCAGUUUUUUACCUUCUUUUUCUCGGACAAAAGAAGGGCUUGGAAACGAGGUUGAGCUACUUACUCAUUUUUUAAUUCUAAAGUGUCUCCUCUCAAAUCAUGCAAUGCAGAUAACGCAGUUUCUAAAACAGCUUUUGUCAAAACAACCACUUGAAAAUCAGCAGCUUCUGUAACGCAUUUAUGACCUAUGAUAAGAGUGAUUUUCAAUUAUACAAUAUUUAUACCCCCGUUUUACUAACUUAUCAUUUCCACACGAACCUUAUUCGAUCUUUCGAUCACGCAUUUCAAUGUUCUCCAUCACGGAGAAAAUGUAACAUUACAUAAGAUUUCUUUGCAUUUGUGUGCAAAAAAAAGCGCAUGCGGAGGAAUUAGAUUGUUGAACCGUGAAAUAAAAAUAAAUUGGCUUGUGAAGUAAAAAAAAAGUGAUGAAAGAUUAUUUUAUUGAAGCAAAAGAUAAAGUUUUUGACGAAAAGAAUGUAAAAGAAAAGCGAUGAAAUAUAUUUUUUAUUUGUUUAAAAAGGAAAAUUUCGCUUAGAAAAAAAUUAUAUUUGCAGUAUAUAUCCUACCUACCUUGGAAAAACUCAUCAGGAAUUUCGUUUGAGUCGACACAGCACACGCUUUCAGUAUCGGUUUCCAUUGCUCUACAAUUUCCACAUUCACACCAAUUUGCAUUACCCGUACGUGGCUCUGCAUCAGUAAAAGAAACCUCGUCAUUUUCUACACCGUUACUAACUUCUUCCUCGUCAGACACAAGAGGUUCAAAUUCGUAUGGCUGUAGCUUUGUAAAGUCUUUUUCAUGAAGAGAAUUAUCCGAUUCUGAGCUUUCUAAGUUAUAUUCUUCGUCAUUAUUACAAGACAUCUUAUCAACGAACAAUGUAAACAGUAAGUAAACAAAACUUUUAGAAGGCGUGCUGCUGAGCUCACGGACUUUUUGCACGAUGUGACGUAUGCUAAUUUAUUCGGACCUAGUCCUCUCGACUUUACGCGACCUUGCAAAUUUAUUUGAAAUUGAAGAUGUUUACGGACGCGAUUAAGGUAUAAAUAAAGAUUUUUAACGAUUGUAAAAGGUUUAUUUUGACAUAUUUAUGUAUUGUCUUAUAAAAAUAACAUUUUUUUCAAA